AUGGCGAGUUUUGGUCAAUCCUCCUCCGCACCAGCGACCUCAGGUGCUGGUAACCCAUUUAGUGGUCUCAACUUGAUUCCUACCACUGAUGCACAGGGCAAACGAAAGUCUAUCUUUGACGGUUCUACCUCACAAUCGUCCCAGCCGCAGCCUUUUCCGACCAUCAACACCACAGCCUCGACCUCAAGCGCUGCUCCAUCUGGCGGGAUCUCCAGUCUUGGGGGCCCUACAAACACUUCUGCACCUUUCGCGUUCUCGCUGACGACAACGACCUCCGCUCCGUCUACAGGUAUUUUCGGAACGACAACAACUACUGCCCAACAACCCGCAGCAACGACUACCUUCUUCGGUGCCCCAACCACGCAACAACCUGCGAGCAGUACUUUCCUCAGUGGUACCACUGCAAUAAACUCAACUACAUCGCAGGCUACCCAACCAUCAGCCGCUCCUCCCCAAAACACUCGGGAUGCCGCAUAUUUCAGCAGCCUGCUUGAACGCCAAAAGAAGAAGCCAAGACUGUGGGCCGAUGGCACUGGCCGUCAGAGUCAAUUACCCAACCUUAGCAUGGACCUGGGAGAUUUGGCCAGACGUGCACAAGAGAUCAGACAACGAGGGGUGAAACAGACGGAGCCUCUGCCUGACAGCAGAGCACAUUAUCUGUUGGCUGGCUCCGGGGUUGCUCCCGGGCAGGCUUAUAAGGACUUUCAAUCAUUGGGCCCUGAUGAAUCUGCUCCGGUGUCACGCCUUGCGACACAGAAUUUCGCCGAUGAGUCCAGUGCGUACCUCAGAGACUUGAGAGUCAAGGGGCGGGAGGCAAUGCUGAAGGAGAGCAUGGAACGUGUCUAUCGUGAGGUUGACAGCUUUAUCGAAGAGAGCUUGGGUAUUGAUUUUGAGGACCAGAAGCUAAGGAUCAUGGAACACCUCGGAUUGGCACCUCCAGAAGACGGUGCAGGCCCUUAUGCUGGGAGGUCAGGCUUCGGGCAAACCACGAGACGAGGUAAGGAAGGGGCUUCUGAGACAUCUCGGAGUGCGCGAAGCGUGUUCGGUCGCUCAGCCCUGGAAAAAUCCAUCAUUGGCACUCCCGGUUCUGGUGCCGGGACGACAACCUUCUUUAAGAGUGAAAAUGCUGCUCCCGUGCCGUCAGGGAUACCCCGUUCGAGCUCACAGGUGCAGCGUGAGCUCAGAGCGAAGGAGAAGUCAUUCAUCACCAAAGUGGAAGACCUCAAUCAAGCUAGGUUGCGAGAAGACUCGUACUCGCUUCUACAAAACUUUGCCGAGACAGAAGAGCAAAACAAAGCAGACAGUCCCCGACAAAUAGUGGACGCCUACCAAGCCUUGCGAGAAAUCACCAAGGAGGGCCAGCCAACAGUCCGGGAACGACAGUAUGCCCACGCGUACUUGGACGAGACAGUCAAUGCUCCGGCCACUCUCAAACUGAAGAAGCGGAUCGUCGAGGGUUCUCGGAUCUACCUGGAAAAGGCGUUCUGGCGAGAGCUCCGAUCUUUAAUCGAAAAGAACGCGAGAGAAGCAGCAUUGGGAGGACAGCCGAGUGUGAUCAAUAUCGUGCGGGCUUACAUCCGACUGCGGGCUGCCCGACGAGAUCUCGCACCGGAUGGAUCAGAACUUCAACAACUAGGCGGCGAGACCGGGGAUUACUGCUGGGUCCUCAUUUUCUACUUGCUGAGAUGCGGUUUUGUCAAAGAAGCGGCCGAGUAUGUAAACAACGACCCUGCCUUCCAAUCUGUCGAACGCCGCUUUGUCUCGUACUUGACGGCAUAUUCGAACAGCCCAGAUCGUCGACUGGGUCGCAAACUGCAAGACAUGAUCGACAACGAGUAUCAAAACCGGACCAAGGUCGGCCCGAAGAAUACGGUUGAUCCUUACAGAAUCGCGUGCUACAAGGUGAUCGGAAGGUGUGACUUGAGUUCACGACAUCUGGAUGCCGUGGGGCAAGGGGUUGAGGACUGGCUGUGGCUGCAGUUCAGCCUUGCGCGGGAAACCGAGAUGUACGAGGAGAUAUCUGGUGAAAUCUUCGGCCUCGAACAGAUUUGUGAGACAAUCAACGAAAUUGGGCAGAAACAUUUUCAGAAGAGUCAGGUCGAGGGUUCGAGUGGCUAUGGCACCUUUUUCUUGAUGCAGGUUCUGGCAGGAAUGUUUGAGCACGCCGUGGACUACCUGCACAAUUUCAAUCCUCUGAGCGCAGUGCAUUUUGCCAUCGCCCUGUCAUAUUACGGGUUGUUGAGGGUGUCGGAUUUCUCAGUGGCGGGCAACGAGCUCUUGACAUAUUCGACGACGCAGCAGCCGAUGAUCAACUUUGUGCCGCUCGUGGCAUAUCACACAGGAACCUUUCGAACGGCCCUUCCUAUCGCCGCCGUGGAUUACCUUUCCAUGCUCUGUCUCAACUCUGAUCUGCAGCCUGCAAGUCUGGGUCUGGUUCACAUCAAUGCCUGUCACGAGUGCUUACGAGAACUCUGCCUUGAAACCCGUGAGUUUGCAAAGUUGCUGGGCGAUAUUCGCAGUGAUGGCACCCGGAUCCCAGGCGCGAUCGAGUUACGGGCCAGGUUAAUCCACCUCGACACACGAGAAGAAUUUUUGAGAUCUAUUACCAGCCAAUCGGCGGCGAUUGCGGAUCAGCGCGGGCAAAUACCUGAUGCAGUGUUGCUCUAUCAUCUGUGCGAAGAUUACGACAAUGUCAUUAGCGUCUUGAACCGAGCACUGGCCGACGCUGUGACGCUGGAUCUGGGCGAAGCUCCGAUGCAGCUGCAACCUUUGAAACCGCGGAAGUCCAAUAAUCAGAGCGACUCGUCAAGUAGCACCCAGGGAGGACCUCAGUCAUCAUUGUCGCUUACACAAUCCACGUCAUCUCCGUUCGAGUUGGGGAAGAACAUGAUAUCGUUGUACAAUGAGAAUGCCGCCUACUUCAACCGCAUUUCGAGCUCGAACCGGGAAGUUUGUGGGGCUCUCAUUCGAUUGCUUUCGGUGCGAGAGCAUCUUGAAGCCAAACCACCUCGUUAUAUGACAGCGUUGGAGGAGCUCAACGAGCUGGGCUUGUUGCCAUUGCGGGCGAAUGGAUCCAUUCCGACAAUCCGUGCGGCUGCAACAGCCUUUAGUGCUCUUCCACAAAUCCUCGCUCGUUGUGCUGGAGUCAGUGUGGUCUGGGCGGUGCGGGCAAUUGGGGGAGAACGAGACAAUAUCGUACGCAAUGGCAGGUGGGAAGCCGGAUAUGGUGGAGACGCGGAUGAGAUGAAAGACCAACUCAGCAAUAUGGCCAAGGACCUAAUGGUCUUUGCUGGGCUCGUGAAAUACAAGUUGCCCGGUCGGGUCUAUGACAUGCUGACUCGAGCAGGAGCUGAGGUUGGAGGGUUUUGA